AUGGGCCAAUCUGAGCGAUUCCUGGUAUUGUUGCAAGACUGCAGCCUUGCACCAAUCGUGGGAGAGCUCACCAGGGUGCAAGCUAUAGGACAGGGUCGUGUUCAGUCUGUGAGAGGUGGUAAGCAGCCACUGAGAGGCGGUCAGCAGCCACCGAGAGGCCGGGGUCAGGCCAGAGGUGGAAACAAAUUUGGUCGAGGUCGGAAAGCUCCAAGUAGAGUUGCUGGAAACACUGAGGUGAGACAGCCAGCCUUGGUCUAUGCUGCUCGUCACCGAGAGGAUGGGGAUGCCCUUGACGUCAUAACUGAUUUGAUGGAACUGCCGUUUGGGGAAUUUGAUAUUAUAUUGGGCAUGGAUUGGCUAGUGAAACACCAUGUGAAAUUGGAUUGUGAUGCUAAGCGUAUGGUGUUGAAGUCUACAGAGGAUGAGGAGAUGAUGGCUGAAAAGCUAGUUUGCAAAGGUUACGAGGCGUUCCUAGCUUAUGUUAGUAUUUUUGACUCUAAUGGUCCUUCUGUGGGAGAUGUCAGAAUUGUCAAAGACUUUUUAGAUCUAAAGGUUAAGAAGGCUGACGUGUAUAAGACUGCGGUUAGAAGUCGUUAUGGUUAUUACGAGUUCCUGGGGAUGCCGUUUGGGUUGACGAAUGCACCAUCAGCAUUGAUGGAUCUAAUGAACCGAUUAUUCCAAUCCUAUUUGGAUCGGUUCGUAGUUGUGUUUAUAGGUGACAUCUUGGUGUAUUCAAGAAUCGAUGAGGAGCAUGAUGCACAUCUUUGUAUUGUUUUGCAAGUUUUGAGGGAAAAGCAGCUUUAUGCAAAGUUCAACAAGUGUGAAUUCUGGCUGCAAGAAUUGACAUUUCUGGGACAUGUAGUGUCGGCAGAGGGAAUUAGGGUGGAUCUUUGGAAAAUUGAAGCUAUAGUGGAAUCGAAACCACCGAAGACGAUAUCUGAGAUUCGAAGCUUUCUGGGUUUGGCUGCGUAUUACAGACGUUUUAUUGAAAGAUUUUCAUUGAUUGCUGCACCUCUAACUAAGUUACUGCGUAGAGGGCUACCGUUUAAUUGA